CCGCGGCAUGUGGGAUCCUCCCGGACCGGGGCACGAACCCGUGUCCCCUGCGUCGGCAGGCGGACUCUCAACCACUGCGCCACCAGGGAAGCCCAGCCCCCGUUUAUAUUAGGUGUUUUCUCUUCAGUGCUGCUGCUUCCUGGUCCUAAACCCUUCUGAGGUCUAGCCUUACAGUGCCUGGGUUUGAAUUCCGGCCCUGCUGCCUGCUAGCUGGAUGACUGUGGGCUUGUUACUUAACCCCUCUGAGCCUCCGUUAGGUAGAGAUAAUAAAAGCACCUAGUUCCCAGGACUGUUGUGAGCAUCCAAUGAGAUAAAACAUGGAGGGGGCAGCAGAAGACCUAGAUGCUCAAUGUGAGUUACUUAUUGUUUCAUUUGGAGAGCCUUGGAACUCUCCCACAGAAGGUUAAUUUCAAAGCAGAAUCCUUUUUAAAGUUGGGAAGGACCCUCGGAACCCAGUUGGCUCGAGGUCCUCAUUUUACACAUGGGCACGGAAGCUCAGGAAGGGGAAGGACUUGAUCAGUGUCAUAGCUGAUAGAAGACGGGCCAGAAUCUAAUGUUCUUAUGUCCCAGGCCACUGUAUUUGCUAUUAAAUCACAGCUGCCUGGGAGCAAGACCAAAUCAUAUGAAGCUCAGGAGACAGUCAAUUGUGCCUCUGCUGCCCUUUAGAGCUUUGAAAACUGAUGAUGCAGCUGUGAUCUAAUAAGUGAGCCUUUGAUUGAAUCAGCACUCCCGUGGCCUCAACAUGCCGGGUACCAGGGCCUUGUCUAGCGAGGCUGCUGUGGUAGCUCCUUGGCCGGUGAUUCACGACGUCAGGGAUGCCAUGGGGGCCUCUAUGGCUGGUGCCAUGGAAGGAGGGCAAAUCUCUUCACCCACUGAGGGCUUCUGUGGUCACCGCUGGCACAAUCAAGACACUGAAGACCCUGGAUGGGGCCAUGGGGCUGGUCUAGUGAUCCAGUUACACACGCCCCUCCUCCUGCCCCGAGAGACGCUUGACCAGAGUGGCCUCUAGUCAGUCCUGAAGUCGGUGAGGCGGAUGUAGAGGCUUCCAAAGGGGUCAGACUCCAGCAGAGAAAGGAAGGCUGGGCCCUGGAGGACUGGACUCCUGGGAGCUGAGAUGCUCUGAGCAGCCUGGCAUGGGGGUGCCCCACCUGCUGGUGAUAGCUGGAACUGCCAGAAGAUGCGUCUCAUUAAAAGGUGGAGUCUGUUCCACCUCCCAUCCCCCCUACUGCCUCCCCGCAAGAAGUGUAGUCCAUUGCUGGAGAGAAGUCUGGUCCAGGAGCUCACCUUGGAGCGAUGGACCUUUUAACUGGCUUACAGGUCCCACUGGCAUUUAGAGGCUCUUGAAAAUUUGGGAGAUGAGAGGAGCUGUCGCCAAGGACUGGACUGGGUCCUUGGGUGAGUGACAUCACUUCUUGGAAGCCUCACUGCCUUGUCAGUCUAUCUAAAAGGGGACCAAAAUUGCCACUCCACAGUGCUGUGGGGAAGGUCGAGUGAAAUAAUGGAUAUAAAAUCACUUUAUAAACUGGAAAGUGCUGGACAGUCCUGGGGCCACUGCUGAUGGUAACUGGAAUCCCUUAUUCAAAUAUGGGCUCUCAUGGCGUGGCUCCUUCCUGACCUAAAGAUGCGGGAUUUACAAAGCUGGGCUACUCACGGACUCUGUGUGUGUGUCUCUCUCCUGCUUUCUGUCCCUCCCUCUCUGUCUCUCCUUCCCUUCCUCCCUCUUCCCCUCUCCUCCGGCCCUGGGCCUCCCCUGCAGUCCCAGAGGACCCAGGACACCUCUCAGCAGGACUUGGCACCUGAGCCUGGGACGGCCACAGGCUUGGAAGUGUUCACUCAGAAAAGCCUCGCAGCAUCUCCUGAGGUUACUGUCGUCACCUCCCCACCCACCCAGAACCACCCUAAUAAUCUUAAGAAAACCCUUUCUCUGGGCUGAGGGGGUGGGCCAGACUCUGCCUUGCAGGUGGGAGCAGUGGGUAGCUCAUGUUGGCCCCAUGCUGUGACAAGUGAGCGUCCCCUGUCCCAGGGGUCCAUAAUGGGCCAGCCCGUCCCUCAUCCAUGGUUUCUCAGGAAGGAUAGGACUGAAACCAUUCAAGGAAGACGGAAUGGUCUGAGUCGCCUCUGGCUUAAAACGGGCAGGUAGAAAUGACCUCUCAGGCCCCGCUGAGGCAGGUGACCUGGAGGCAGGUUCUGACUGCUAAGCUUGGGAUCAGGGAUCAUGGCACCUAAAUACCUCUGCUCUGAGGUCUUGUCUCUGUUCAGAAGCCUGAGUAAGGUCUAGCAGUGACUAAUUAGCCCCUCCAUCCCCUGCUUCCAUUCUCUAAACUCCCCUUGGAGUUUGGGUCUGUCAGGGUCCCCAGGCAGGCAAAAGUGGGUGUGUUUCACCAGGGAGCAUCCUUGGGGUUGUACAGAUGUCGGUCCGGCAAGCAUUCUAAAUGAGGAGAGCAUCACUUCUCUGCCCAGGAUGGCAGUAGGCCGAGGGUCCUCGGAACUUCCUGUGCCCCUGCGUGGAUGCCGGGUGGAAUCCAGGCCCAGGAGCAGGGGGCUGCAUCCUCCCUCUUUGCUGGGACUUCAUAGACCGUCGGGAUUGGAAGGGACCGAUUGAUCAUCUGGGUGAAAAUUCCUUCCCUCUGAUAACCAACCCUCCUCUGUUGGCAUAGUGUGUAAGAGGGCAUAUACCGUUCUCCAUUCCCAGAGAAAAAUUUUGUAGCUGCUAGAAACGUCCUGAAACUGUAAGAGAGCCGUGAGUCAGCUACGUAAGUGGUAAAACAUAAAUCACAGUUCUACUCUGCAUUUUUCCUAAAUGUAAAAUUAAAAACAAAGCUAGGAGCACUCUUGAGAGAAGUUGGACAGGAGUCAGCAGCAUCCCCAGGUUAGGGAAGCAGUGGUGCCUUGGAGCACAGAGAUUUGCAUAGAGCCAAGCACAGGUGCCCUAACUUGGGGGGUUGCAGGAUUGGGAGGGCAACAUGCGCCCUUCACCAGCAUCCCUGAAAAUUAUCCGUCCAGCCUGUUCCACAAGGGGGCUCUCCCUGUUCUUAACAGCAGUCCAUUUUGUCUUCUUCAGUCAUGUGUUGGGAAGUUUCCAUAUUGAAUUAUAACCUGCCCUUCCGAAUCACCUGCCUGUGGGCCUCGCUCUGCCCCCUGGCGCCUGUAGUCCCAGUCUGCAUCCUCCUCCAGGAAGGCCCUUCAGAGUUCAGCGUCCCCCCUGCCCCCCAACUACCACUUUCUUCCGCAGCUUCUCCCGUGGGUUCUAGAGGGCUCCUUGUCCUGGACCCCUUCCUCUGGGGGUCUCCUGUAAAGAGCAGGGCCCAAAAUGUAACCCAGAGCUCCAGGUGGACCCUGAACAGCCCGGGUCAGCAGAAUCCUGGCUGGAGAUUUUCUUCCUGUCAGCUUGUGUGGGAACAGAACUGGCCCCACUCCAGCUCCCAGCUCCCGUUUUGCGGCCAGUCUUGCUGCAGUGGCUCCAGCUGACAGCAGGGGGUGCUCUGAGCAGGCACUGAAGGUCCCCUGGCUCAGUGGAAAGAAUGGCCCGGUGGCUUCCCUGACAUCUUUUAUCCUGUGAAUUGGGUCAGAGAGCCAAAGCUUUCCUCUCUUUGUUCAGGCUCUUUCUCUCUUCAGGAUUUUUACUUGUUAGAUGCAGAGCCUCUUCUUCCCUCUGGGAGCCUCAGUUUCCCCUUCUGAAAUGAGGGUAACAGGACCUGCUUCACAGGUCGCCAUUUGGAUUAAAGUUAAUAACUUCUCCAAAGGGCUGACACUGCCUGGCACAUAGUAACUAAAUAUAAGUACAUGUUUCCCUUUUUCUUUCUGCAGAAACUUUCUGUUCUGUGCCAGCUCCCACCCCACUCAACCUAGUUUCUAAGCUUCUGGUUGCUAGAAACUAGUUUCUAGUUAGACGUGGGCAGGAAUGUUCCACAAGGGGUCUCAUGGACCAUCUUUGGCCAUCCUUGCCAGGCUGAUGGUGUCAGUACAAGCUGAAAUGGGAGCAGCUAAAGGCGCCUGCUUCCCAAGUAGAAGAGAAAGGAGGCUUUGUAGGCUCUCAGAACUCUUCCCUCUGGGAUGGUUCCAGUGUUGUUGUCCUGAAAGCUUAACAACCUGAAGUAGAAUCUCCGAAACCCACGCAGGUUUUGUCUGGGCCUCCCCCCUUCCUUUUCUCUCUCUUUCCUGUUGGCAAGAUUCUCUUAAUGAGGUUUGAUUCCCUGACAAUCAUGGAGAUUUUGCUAAAAUGGAGCAGGGGGAGGGGUGGGGGAGGUCAGAGGGCUUAUAAUGCUCCCUUGAGUCUUCAGAAUCCUUCAGAUCUUCUGGGAUCUGACAGACUCCUCACCAGGUCAUAACCUGCAUUGGAGCCCAAGCGCAUGGGAACCUGCCCCCUGCUGCAGUCAGGAGCAGUUUUCGGCACAUCUUACCGUGGAGCUUUUCACAGGACACAGGAUCAGAGACCAGGUUCUAGGCCUGCCUUUGCCACUGGCUCACUCUCUGACCUUGGGCACGGUGCUUACUUCCCCAGCCCUCAGUUUCCACAUCUGUGCCAUGAGGGACUUGGGUCAGAGCAGUGGUUUCAAAGGAGGGAGGCACUUUGGGGCACUAGGGCAGCCCAGGCCUCCAACUUCCACGGGGCGGGGGGCGGCCCUGUAUCUGUGUUACACAUUGGAUUGCCAUCAAGAUUUUGUGUGAAGAAGGUAUUCUGUAGUUUCGAGAAGAUUUGAAUCCCAUGGGCCUUCUCGCAUUGUUGCUGUUGUUUGCACCUCGCGGCUUGCAGGGUCUUAGGUCCCCAACCAGGGACCAAACUCGGGCCCCCGGCAGUGAAAGCACCGGGUCCUAACCACUGGACCACCAGGGAAUUCCUGGCCUUCUUGCUUUUUGAACAAUUCUAGAAGUCCAUCCUUCCCUCCUAAGUGUUGCUUGAAAAACUCUAGGGGAGGUAGAGGGCUGUUUUGCUGAUGGUUGACAGUGCUGUCCUCUCAGUGCUGUGGACCAGUGAUGAUGCUUAGAUAUUUAGAUCUUUACCUUCUAUGAUAUGUUCAGGUCAGUCCUCUUCCAGUCUUUCUGUGGAUUUUGUUAGAAUUCUCCAAGAACAGGCCUUGGUAUUUGUUUCUUUGGGAAUGAACCCCACAGAGUUCAAGCUGUUUCAGCCACUGCAGCGACUGGCACUAACCUCUAGAGCUGGUCGUUUGGUAUAUUUUGGUCUAAUCUCUUUCCUUCCAAUUAGCACUUGCAGAAAGGUCCGAUUUCAGGCUGUGGCCUGUGAAACUUAACUCAGUGCCUCCCCGACAACUCGACAUUAGAUCGCAGUUGGGACCCAUAUUCCAUUGGCUGUAAGUCAGCAAGGCUCUCAGGCAUUCUUUUCCUGACUCGACUGACUGUGACCUUGAAAAAGUCACUGACCUUCUCUUGGCCUCAGUUUACCCAUUUGCACAAGUAGGAGAUUGGACUGCAGGAAGUCUUAGGAGUUCUUUUGGCUCUAGCCUUCAAAGAUUCCAUGUGAUGUAAGCUACUUUCCCCUCUGACACUGGCAGCUCUAUUAUUAAAAGAGGAAGAGUCCUGGACCAUCUGUGGAUUUCCAUGCCCCGAUGGUUAACACGGGGAGGGUAUGAGACCGCAUCCCAUUUUACCCGGUUAGGGUGGUGGUUGAGGGCAACAGUAGAUAAUUUGUUGGGUGCCUUGAUGGGAAGAGUAGCCUUGAUGAGGCUGACCUGCCUUCCUGUCCCCAGCCAGCUGACCUUGACCAAGGGGGCAGGUGGACCUUGGUCCCUUCUUGCGGAGGGAAAAAGUGAACCCAUUCUUAAGGUGCCUGAUAUUUCAUGUUAACUCUUCUUGCUCCAAUUAAAACGCAGGGUUCAGAGCAUUGGGUAUUUAUAGAAAGAGAGUACAUUAGGCCAGAAGAACUCAGUCUCCUAAAAGUGACCGCCACACAGCAGGAAGAAAGGGAGGCAGGCCUCGCAGACAUGCUUGCUGACGGCAGACUCUCCAAGGUAGACGUCCUGGUGGACAAGUUCACCUUUCAAAUGGCCACAGAAGAAAAGGUGGGAGCCAAAGGAGCAAACACACAGCGACAAGGAAGAAUGAUCACGAGCCCUGAAGGCUUCAAGUCAGUGUGGGAGGAAAGCCCCUGGGUCAGGGAAGGCCCAGGAGGGGCUUCUCUGGCUGCAGGCCGCACGCUGGCAGGAACGCUCCCAGAGGGCUCCUGGUUCAGGGUGGACCCUGGGGAGGCAACCAUCAGGAAGCAGCGGGCCUCCAGGGAUCAGCUGGAGGGCCCGGCAGAGCUAAGGCAGAAGUGGGAGGAGUUCCAGGCUUGCGGAAGACCCGCCGCCCCGGCCACUGGCCCUGCAGAGGUGGAUGUCGCCUCUCCAGCCUCCGACACGGGAGGACUCCGGUCGUUUCUGCUGGACCCAGCCUACACAGAAGCCAGAGCCGACUCGAGCGAUGAAACCGACACUUCCUUUGCAGAGAGAAGCUUCUAUUUAAACUAUGGAGAGAAAGAGUCUGAAGACCAAGUCCUCCCUCCGGCCCUGGAGGAGAGAGAGGAGCACUUAGAUGCCCCACCUGGCUGCGAGAGCAGGCGGAAGCUGUCGGAGGAGCUCACGGAGACCUCAGAGCUGGACUCCUCAGGCCCAUGGGGCUCUGCUGCCACUGUCGGCAGAAACAAGCACCACGAGGGUGAAGCCCACUCAGCUUCCUCAGAGGGAGGGGCGGGGCCCCCCAGGAACCAAGGACCAGAUGACCUGGAGGUCUUUGUCAAGCAGCUUGGAAAGGGACCUUCUCCAGGGCUGAUGUUUGCUGAGUACGAAGCCCGGUGGGAGGUGGAAGGAGAGUCUACCCACCCAGCAUCCUCAGUAGCUGCAGAGGAAGAGGCCCCCCAGAGUGGAGAUUUGAUGGGAAAGGCUGAGAAAAGUCCCCCAGGAGAAUGGAACCACUCACCUCACAGAGGAGGGGGCAUGCGUCCAGACAGCCAGGCCUGUGUCCUUCCGUGGGCCAUCCCUCCUAGCGAUGUCAGGAAGCCAGCCAAGCCGGACAGAGGCAACUUCCUGCCCAGAGAGAGGGGACCAGUUCACACCCAAACAGGAGAACCUGUGACAGAGGACAGCAAGGCCCCAGCGUUUCUUCAGAUGGAGGAGGUGAUCACCCCCCUCCCAACCUCGCCCCGUCCCUUUGCGGCUCAGACGUCUCCAGAGGAAGCUUCUUCAAGCCCAGCCCCUUAUGGGUCGGGGGAGCCUGUGCAGCUCAGGGACCGCUUUGGAGAACAGUCCGCCAUAUUUCUCAAACAUGCCCAUCCUCCUAAAGAGAGCCCGGAGCCCAAGGACCGAGUAGGGCUGGCUGUGACCCCAGACGGAGGUGAGCGCAGGGCCCCUCCCAUCGCCAGCAGGAAGCCCAGAGUUGUCCCUGAAGAAGCCCAGGGGUUGCGGUUCCCUUCAGGGAAGCAAAAGGAGAUGACCUCUUUCCAGGCUGGGGGUCAAGAGGGCUCCCUGGAAGAUAUUAGCAAGACCUCUGUGGCCAACAAGAUUCGGAUCUUUGAGACCCACGGAGCUGAAACUCGCUGGGCGAGUCAGGGUGAAACCAGGGCCUUUGCAAACGAGUUGUCUUCGGAGGCCUCUGUGGGGCAGGUCGAGCAACAGCGGAGUAGGCGUUUAGACCUGGGAUUUGCUCAGUUUCAGCUCCCAGAGGACUUUGCUGCCCCCAAAGCCACACAUUCCUCCAUGAUGCCGCCAGCUACCAGACACUUCUGGGAGGGCAUUUCUACCCCAUCCCCCCGGGAAGGAUGCAUGGACGUCGAGCUCGUGUCCCCCAGUCCAGGCUGCGAAACUACACUGGAGGAAGCUACUGGGGGAACUGGCCACGUGAGCCCCCGCCCCCAUGCUGCCCCCAGCCCGGGAGCUGACCGCAUGCCGCGUAGUUCUUUAAAAGCAUGUUUCUGUGGCCCCUCGUCAUUACUGCCACCAGAGGCUGCUUGUCCAUCCCUAUGAGUUCUUUUCCCUAAACGGGCCUGAGCGUAGCCCAGGCGGAAUGACGGGUUCAUCUGCUUGGCCCAUGUUAGCUUAGCCACACAGACCCUCGGCUUUUGGUGUGACCUGGUGCCCGGAGGGUCACACAGCGCCGGUGGAGGAAGUGGCACCGCCUCCAGCAAACUACACAUUUGCUUUGCCUUGCUGCCCGCACCUGCUGGGUUCCUACCGUUUUGCUUGGCUUGUCCAACGAUCUUCCUUCAUCCUUUCCCUUCCCUGGUGCUCCUGCCUUGGGGAAGCUGACAGUCCAGAGGUUUCCAUCCUUCACUUCCGGCUCCCUCUCGGUCCUAGUGCCAAGUUCCUUUCUGCCUCCUUAAGACUAACUGUCUUCUCUAAUCCAGAACAAAUCCGGAGACGCGGUCAGGCAAGAGAAGCACGUUACCAGCUUAGCAGCGAAUCCCCCAGGAAAGGGGGGGCACCUGAGAUUCACCAGCCCCUCAGGCCCGCAGGUCUCUGCAGCCCCUCGGUGCCCUGAUGACCUGGUCAUCUUCGC